UAAUCGAUACAUUGUUAAUCAGAACAUUCCUUAUUUAUCGAUAAAACAGUGAGUCUAAUUGUAUCAUCGUAUAUUAACAUAGGUAUGUAGAAAUCAAUUCGUAGUGAACUAAAUUAAACUUGGAGUUAAGCUGUUACCAGAAGAGAGAAUGAAAACUUACUAAAUGGCGGGAGGGAAGGAAAAGAGCCGGGACUCAAAUAAGAAACAUGUUAGCUUUGUCAACAUCGAGACGCUACCGCAAAAGAUACCACUGACCAGUACGACUGGCGGGCUUCUACUGCACGUGAAGGGGGACGGGAAAUUGUGCAUCCGGUCGACCAGUCUAGAUAAUAAAAAUGAAACGGAUAUCGAUAUUCUUUUAAAAAUUAGAAACCAGUCAAAACCGGUUACGUUGCUGUUGCCACACGAGGAAGCGCAGACGAGCUUGGAAAUAAAUGGUGACGGAGAUAUUCAGUUUUCUCUGAAAGACGCAGACGAAUGCAAUCGAAAUAAAUAUCAAGAUGAAGAAAACAAUCUGAAUGAUUUGAACGCAGGAACUGAUGAUAAUGAACGCCAUAAGAAGACGCAUCGUCGUAACAAUAGUGACUACCUUCAAAUAUCAGGAAAGGAUAGUGAUGACGAAAGCAAUAAAGAUAUCGAAACUAAAGAUUGCGGCACCGAUGUUUGUUCCAUAGACAUUCUGCUUUCGGACGAGUCCACAGACUUUGAUAGUGCCUUAACUACCGGUUGCUUUAAGUGUAGUAAUUUCACUGACGUUCCGUGUGAAAAAUGUAAAUCCGCGGCAGAAAAUAGGUCUGUGGAAAAGUCUUAUGAAAGGGAUGCCAGUGAUAAAGAAAACUGUGUUAAGUUGCAGCACAUUGUGGACACGGUAUUAAGGUUUGAAAAGUUGCAGCCUCUAGACCCUAGGUCUAUGCUUUCCGAUGCCAAAUCUUGCGAACCCGACUGGGGUGAAAGCAAUGUGGUGUGUCUUAAAGAUUCUAUCAGAAAAUCAUACACAUAUCUCUUGGACGUGCUAGAUUUACUUGACCUUUGUGACCAUUUGUACGAGAACUAUGUGCUAGAAAUGGACUUCUAUCAGAAAAUGUUCGAUAUGUGCUAUGAGCCGCGUUACAUAAGAAGUGCAAAAAGGUCUCUCUUGAUGCACUUGUCGAAAAGGUCAGUACGCCAGGAUAAAAUGAUAAACGCUUUAUAUGGUUCCGCCCAAUACCAGCUGAUUCCGUACUUCUUCCCGGAAGUCAAAAUCUAAAGUCUGUGCCGAAACGGUAUGCGUGUUUGCAAGUUGAUGGAUUUUAUGCCCGGUUCAAUAUGUUAUGUUAAGCAUGAUAAUUUUAUUGAAACGUUUUUCGUUUGAAAUAAUUAUACGCAUUUGUUGAUCUUUUUUAAAAGUAUCUGGUAUUUUGAUUGAAGGGUUUUCAUGUAUAAAAUUGUCCUGAACAUUUACGUUUGUAUGCUUGUCUGGUAUUGUAUUUUUUGUAUUUUUAAUAAUUUGAUCUCGUUCGUAGUAUAGUUUUUUCAUUACCAAUGUUUCAUAUUUUAUAUAGUCGUCCAUUACUUAGUGUUCCUUUGUCAGGGUUCUUCCCUUUCUAAGGGUUCCGUCAUUUUGUGUUCGGUUGUCCAUUUAUAUGUUGUUCAGUUAAGUGUAGAAAAGUGAUUAGAUAUCGUACAAAUUUUAUGCACACGUUUUUGCCCUAUUUAUACGCCCGUGGUUUGAAUUUGAUAGGGCAUUUUAUAAAUUUAAAGAUAAAGUUUCGUGUAAAAUAAACGUUACCGGAUUUUAUUUCGCUAUCUGUCAAACUGCAACCUUAUCAAACCGCAAAAUUACGUCACAUGCGAGUGAAGAAGUGACAUAAGGACCUUUCUGGUUUUGAUGACACCAUCAAAAAUGAGAUGAUAAACCGCUUCGAUAAAGUUAUAAGGAUUUUGUAAGAUAACGUGAAAAUAGCCUGUGAGUAAACAGGUUUUUGAAAAUGCUCGUCAGAAUUUGUGUUCAAUUAUUGGCUAGAAAUGACACAUCGAACAAAUAUUUGUUUUAUCAGGUAUAUCUGCAGUGUUAACAGAGUUUUAAUUAGACGAGUAAUCAAUACAGGUAGGCGUUCUCACGUUGAUGCCCAGCUGUUACGCAUGCGCAGAUGUGACAACAAUAAUCGUGUCGUUAUAGGUUAUUUUAUGCUGUAUGUAGGAAUUUACCUACGUAUAUGUUUUUCUUGAAAUGUACACUUAUUGAACCUUUUUGAAGAAAAAAAAAAGAAUUAAAAAAGCAAUCUCAAGUCUUAAGAAUUCUGUUAACACUAUAGGAUAUUUAAGAGGGCUUUUCUACGAUUUCAUAUUAAUUAUUAAUGCUUUUUUGGGACCUUUUAUUCAGGGGGAUUGCAAGGGGGGAGCUAGGGCAACGGGCAUAAUAAGCACACAAUCACCAGGGAAAUGUUUUACAUUCCAAAGUGACCUUUGACGUCAUUUCAUCGAAAAUAUGUACACAUAUAUAACAGAAAGUUUUCAAUCUUUCUACGAAUUUUCACAUUCCAAAGUUAUUUUUGAAAUUGUAUAUAUGUUUUCCGAGACACCUUAUUUUGUUCCAAACUUCUAUUUUUACCCAUUUUGUAUUGCUCACGUCCAUCAGUUUGUCAUUGCUAUUUGAUAGGGUCAGGCGCAUCUGUUGUUUUUUUUUACCAUAUUUUUCGUUUGCUUUAACACAGGGUUUUCUUUGAUGCAACCUCUUUGUGCCUUACAUUUCACAUAUCUAUGGAAUUACCAUCUUUUAAAACCAUUGUUAAAAAUCAGUUAUGCUUUUCCAGAUAUGGUAAAGGCGUUUUAUUUUACCCUGAAACAUAUUUUAACUGAUUUUUGUGAUGCCAAAGUUGUUAUAUUUGUAAGCCAAAAUUUACAUCUUACUUUAAUAGUGGUAUUCCAUUUUAAAGUUUGUAUACUACAUGUGAUUAAACUGUAAUAUGUUUUUUACCCUCAUGAAAAAUCGAUUUUGCAUUUCUUUUCGGCAAAAUCGGUCAAUUUUUGGGGAAAUAUGACGUAAUUUAAUCUUUUUUUCAAGCCGUCUGCUCCAGUCUUGUUUAUUUCGUUUUUUCGACAAGAGUGGCGGGAAAAGUGUUUGAAAUAAUUAUAAUUGUUUAUGAAUAAUGAAUAAUUUUUAAAAUGUUUGUUUACAUUCUUAAGAAACAUAUCCAUUUGUGUUUAAAAUCGUGAUUUUUUUCUCUUGAAUGCUUAUGGUAGAGUUUCCUUUCACUGUGCAGGGUUUUCUUUCUUUUUUUACCAUUUUCAAAACGUAUUUUAUAUGCAUGUAUGUAUUUUUUUGUUCACAUGUUAUGCAGGUUGUUUGAACUUGAAAAAUUAUUUUUACGUUUCAUUUGUAAUUAUGUUUCAUAAGUCAUUUUAUUGUCACACUAGUUUUAUUGUAACACACUUUGUUUGUUGGAUAGACUGACCACUCUUGAAGAGCGGUACAAUAUGACUGGUUUGUAAGCUAAUAUGUUCACUAGAGUGUCGCAUUAAACUAGGUUUGUAGACCAGUCUGUUCACGAGAGUAUAAUUUUACAGAGGGUUUUCAAACCAGUCUGCCCACUCGUGUGUUAUCAUAGAAGUUAUUAUAACCAUGAUGCUAGGUCUGUUCACCAGAGUGUUGUAUUAUAAUAAUUUGUUUAGACAGGUUUAUACGUUGUAUGUAAAAUAUUCUUUAUUUUCAUGUCAUUCAGUUCACAAGAGUGCAUUAUUUUAUGCCAGUCAGUUCACAAGAGGGCAUUCUUUGACGUGACAGUCUGUUCACAAGAGUAAAUUGAUGCAAGGUCUUUAUAUUUGAAAGACCCUGGUUGAUGUAGUGGAUUUUUAGAUGUCUGUAUUCACACAUGUGCAAUGUUGUACACGAGUGCACGUUUCAGACCGGUUCGUUGACAAUCUUGAGUGUUAAUUAAGCUGCACGUGAUCAGGUUUCGUAAAGCGGAACUGUUCACGAGUGUGCAAAGUCUGUGAUUAUGUUUGUAGCACAUUUUUUACGCACGUGUGAUAAUUCACAGAUUUAAUACAUUUGUCAAAACAGAAUGGCUCUCUUUAGUUUGAAGACAGGUGUAAUCAAAUUCAUGAUAUAUGAAAUAACCUGACUUUGUCACUUGUCUCCGAACUGAAAACUGAAUGUUACUGAAUGAAGUAGCCUAUGAAAAAAUAAAAUAAAAUUAUAAAAUAUGAUAAAUAAUAAAUACUUUGAAAGAAA